AUGGUGGUCACCGCAGAAAAUCUUCACGAUGACAAGGGCCCUAAGAUCCUGGCUCUAGGGUUUACAUCCGACUCAAAGUUGCUGCGCAACUUUGGUAUGGAUGAUUAUUUGAUUGUGGCUUCUAUGAUAUUGGGGCUUGCAUACUGCGCAAUCUCUACAGUAGGCGUGGGUGUGGGCUUUGGAAAACAUGCCCAGUACUUGACUAUGGACAAACUGGAGAUGGCCAUUCUGCUCAAUACAGUCAGCUUUUUGUUUGGGAUUCUUUCCUUCACUCUUCCCAAGAUUGCUGUGACGUCCAUGUUGACCCGGAUCUUGAACCCCAAGCCAAUGCAUAAGACAAUAUUGUGGGUGAUGGUUGGAACCGCAGCCGUCGUGUCUAUUAUCUGCAUUAUAAUCUUGUUCACAAUGUGUGAUCCAGCAGAGGCAUUGUGGAAGCCCAGACUCGUCGCAGCAGGCGCUAAGUGCAAGAGUACAACGAUGCUCAUUGACUAUGCUAUCUUCACUGGAGCGGUCUCCGCUGUUGUUGAUCUAUCUCUGGCCAUUUAUCCGACCACCAUCUUGUUGAAACUCCAAAUGUCUCUACGAAAGAGAAUUGCGCUAUGUGCUGCUUUAGGGCUUGGUUCAAUUGCUUCUGCAAUGGCGAUUGUCAAGUGUACCCAACUGCAUGGACUUGCCGACAAAUCCGACUAUACAUACGGUACUGCCGACCUUGUCAUGUGGACCAAUAUUGAGGCCGACGUCGUCGUUAUAGCAUCGUGCAUUCCCACCUUACAACCACUCCUCGAAAUCAUUCUUGGCAAACGAGCCAUGGGCUCCUACAGUCAAGGAAAGAGCGAUCAGUUCAAAAACAGCAGCAAUUUCCCUUCCUCAUUCCAUCGAUCCAAGCAGUCAAAAACGCACGACGACCUUGGCUUCACCAACAUCGACAACCAAGAGAGUCAGGAAAGCAUCCUUCCCACCGAUGACCAAGGGAAGAAUAGUCACCCUCUGGGACAUAUACACCGCAAAGAUGAUGUGAUUGUGGAAUACGAGUCAUCUCCACCAAAAUCAGGGCCGGGAUAUACCCCUUGGUGA